AUGCGUUCCCCGGCGCCACGCAGUGCUCGCGCCGCCCCCGGCGGCUCGGGCGCCGCCUCCACGGCCCCCGGCGCCGCCCCUGGGUCUGGAGCCGGCGGCUCGGCGGCAUCGGGAGGCGCUGCGACGCCGCCUCCGCCCCCAGCGUCUUCAUCCGCCGGCGCCGCUGCGUCCGCGGCGGCCGGAGGCGGCAAGAGGGGCCCAGGGGCGGCUCUGCCCCCACCGCCCCCCAGCAAAAAGAGGAAAGUGACUGUGGAGGCAGCUAAGAAGAAAGCAGCCGCCCCCGCGGUGCGGAAGCUGAUAGCCAAGGUGGCGGCCACCGCAGCCGCCAAGGGCGCCCGCAAGGCCAAGCCGCCCCCGCCGCCCCCGGCCAAGAGGCAGGACCGCCAGAGGACGGCGGCCGCCCCCAGCAAGCAGCAGCAGCAGUCCAAGAGCCCCACCAGGAAGCAGGCGCCGAAGAAGCAGGCCCCCGGGGUGAAGAAGCCAGCAAAGGCAGCGAAGGUGGUGUCGGCGGUGGCGCGCGCCAAGCCGGCGGCGGCCGCAGCGAAGCGCCCUGCGACGCCCGCGCCGCCGCUGCGCAGCAAGAAGCACCUGCUGCGCGCCGGCGCCGCCUCCGCGGCCACCCCGCGCCAGAGGGCGGUCGCCGCCGCCGCAGCCGCCGCCAAGAGGCGCGGCCCGCCGGCCAAGCGCGGCCCGGCCGGCGCCGCCGCCCCCGUCAGGAAGCCGCAGCAGCAGCAGCAGCAGGCUGCCAAGGCGGCCGCCAAGCCGGGCGGGCCCAAGAAGAAGAAGCAGGCGGCCGCUUCCAAGGAGGAGCCGCGGCCGGACGCUGCCGACCAGCACGCCCCCGAGGCGCCUCCGCCCCCGGAGGCCAAGCCUGCAGGGCCGGAAGUGGCCGCCCCCGCCACCGCCACCGCCACUGCCGUACCGGAACCGCCGCCGCGUUCUCCGGCUUCUCCCGCGUCGAGAAAAUCGCCAUCCAGUCCGCACCAGGCUGUUCUGGAAGGCUGCCCCGUACCCUCUGACGGAGCGGCUUCUCCCAAAUCGCCUCCCCUCUUUUUACCCCCGCCGGCCAGCCCCGGCGACAGUUCGAAGCCUAAAGGGAAGGACAGCUCUGAAGCGAGAACCAAUCAGACUGUCCCUUCUGGGAAAUCGGCUCCAAAAAACGCCGCCUCCGCUAAAGAUAGCGCCUCUAGAAUCGAAAAAGUCUCUUCCCUGUCCAAGACUUCGCCAGCAGACAAGGCCGCCCCACCGAAGUCGCCGGCUCCGGAGCGGUCUGCCCCGCAGAAGGGCUCCGGUGACAAACUGAGUUCUUCCUGCAAAGUCGCAGAGAAGAUUAGCAGUCAGUUGCGGAGCUCGACGCAAGACAAGACCAAAGUACCGCCCGCAGAGAAGUCGGGGAAGAGCUCCCCUUCGGACAAGCUGGGGACCAAAUCCCCCACGGCGGAUAAAACAGUGUCGCCUCGAGUGUCCCCGACGACAGGUGUCGCGUCCCCGAAAUCGCCAGCCGCUUCUUCCAACAGUCCACCUUCGCCGGCUAGCGACGCCGGCAGUAAGAACGCGAAAGAGCCGCCUCGCGAAGACCCCGCGAGGCGGUCCGCGGCUGCGGAGACGGGUGCGGCUCCGUCCUCGCCGUCCGGUGCCACCUCCGGCGACAAGUCGAGAGAGCAGCAGUGGGCAGACACCGUCCACCUUCCAGAGUCACCCAACAGGACCAAGAAGUCCGGCGAGAGUGACGCGAACGCGCCCAAGACCACGGCUACCGUGGCGACCAACACCUCACCGACGACCUCGAGGAAGUCCGCUAAGGAGUCCGCGGAGACUGUCGGCGGCAAGAGCAGCGGCGGGUCGUCGCCCAGGACGGUGGCCUCGGCGUCGACCAACACGGCGACUGGAAAGAGGUCGCCCAGAGAGGAGCCGACUGCCGCCACUGGCAAGUCGACGGCCAAUGCCGCCACCAACACGGUGCCGAAGAAGAAGUCCCUCUCGUCGGCGACGAGUGUGGCGGUGCUGGCGAAGAAGGUGAAGAGCCGCGCGGACGUGGGUCUGCUGGCGCGGCCGCAGCUGCCCGACACGGCGCCCUGCAUCCAGGAGCUGCUGCUCAUGGCCACGCAGGCCAUCAGCGCCUACACCGAGGGCGACGGCGAGGAGGAGGACGGCGCGGGCCGCGGCGACGCUGCCGCCAGGCGCGGCUCCAAGUCGUCGUCCAGUGAGGCCGGCGGCAGGCCCAAGAGGUCGGACAGCAGCGCCAGCGACGGGGAGAGGAAGAAGCAGAAGAAGAAGACCAGGAGGAAGAAGAUGCUGCUGCUCGCGUCCGACUCGAAGAACUCCGCCGGCGGAGUGGGCGGCAGUGCCGCCGCCGGCGCAGAGUCGCGUUCGCAGUCGUCCUCACCCACCGGCAGCCCCUUCGGGGGUCCCGGCGGCAGCUGCAGGCCCGCCUCCAAGAAGAGCGAGCUCAAGGACAAGAUCAUCGCCAAGAUGGUGGCCAAGAAGGCAGCGUCGCUGCUGGGCGCGGCGUUCGCCAGCAGCAUCAAGAAGGGCCGGCAGGAGGAGAGCGACGGCGCGCCGGAGCAGGCCGAGCCCCUGGAGUACUCCGUGGCUGCGUACCCCGUGGUGGAGGAGGCGGCGGCGGCGGGGGCGGGCCCCAAGUCGUCCUCACCUGCCCACACUGUGGACGCCAGCCCAGCCUCACUGGCAGCCGACCCUCAGUCUCCUGCAGAACCUGAGGACCGCAAGCCCACAGCUGCCGAGCUGGCCGCGGCCACGCCCUCGCCCGCGGACUCCGCCGUGGAGGCGUCUGCGGCGGCCCCCGGCGACCAGAAGGGCGGCGAGGCGGCCGGCAGCCAGCCGGAGGACGACUCCUCCACGUCGGACGAGAUCACGCUGGACCUGCUGCUGCUGCGCCAGCAGGAGUUCCGCCGCAACCAGCAGCAGCAGGAGGAGGCCGCCGACUCGGGCAGCACGACGCCCGCGCCCGCCACGCCCGCCGCCCCCGCGGCCGCCCCCGCCGCCGCCCCCGCCACGCCGGCCGCCGUCAAGACGGAGGCGGUCGCCACGUCCGACGAGGAGAGCCUCAAGACGCUCAAGACGCGCAUCCGCGAGAAGCUGGCCGCCGUCAGCGCCGCCGCCGCCGCCGCCGGCGCCGCCUCGUCGCCGUCUUCCGCCAACGACGAGUCCUCGGCGGCGUCCUCGCCCCUGGCUCUCCACGGCAGGAAGUCCGUCAAGAAGCUGGCUGCGGUGAAGAAGGAAGACCCGGAUGCCGCAAAGGCGCUCCCCAAGAAGGAAGGUGUUUCUUCAGACGACGGCGGCGCCGACGCAGAGGACGAAUACGCCGACUUCGGCGAUGACGACGACGACGUGGACGACGUCGCCACAGGCAGCUCCUCCAGCGCCGGCCGCGUCAAGCAGGUGAAGAAGAAGCGCCGCCUGCUGAAGAAGGCGAGCUCGACGGCGGCGUCGCGGCGCAAGCAGGCGCCGGCCGACAGCGGCAGCGACUCGGAGCAGCGCGCGCGCCGCAUCCGGCUGUUCGGCUUCUGGUCCGGGCCCAAGCGCCACCGCGUCGCCUCGCUCAACGCCCUCGCCAAGGUGCACUGCCUGUACGAGAACGAGAGCCGCAGCGCGCUGCUGGGGGUGUGCGCCCUGCCGUCCCCCGGCAGCGACGGCGGCCGCAGCGGAGGCGGCGGAGGCGGCGGCGGAGGCAAGUCGGCGCCCACGUCGGCGGCGUCUGCGGCGUCGCGGCGCUCGGCGGCGGCCGCCCCCAAGAAGGCGCCUCGCGCCGCGGCGCCCGUCCCGCCGUCCACGCGGACGCUGCGCUCGGUGCCCGGGCUGCGGCAGCCGGGCCGCCACUGGGACAUGCACAACGCCUCCUCCACCACCACCAGCACCUCCACCAGCUCCCCCAGCCCCAGCGGCGGCGAGUCCAGCUCGGGCGGCAACUCGUCGGCGGAGGAGAACGCCGGGGAGGCCCCCCGCGACGGCGGCUGCCCGCUGGCGGGCAAGAAGCGGGGGCUGCAGCGCCGCCCCCAGCAGCAGCCGGCCAGGGCGGACGCCCCCGCCGCCACCGCCCCCGACGCCGCCCAGGAGGAACCCCAGCAGCAAGCCAACUCCUCGGACGGGUCCGCCAGGUCGCCCACCGAGCAGGACAGCAAGAAGCCGAAGAAGGUGGUGCGGCGCAAGCGGAACCGCGGCGAGCUGACGAUGGACCUGAAGGACAUGGUGGUGCGCAAGCGCAUGGCCUCGCUGAACGCGUCCGCCAUCCUGGCCGCCAGCUACUCCGUCGAGAAGCGGCCGCCGCGGCUGCCCGCGCCCGACGGCCGCAAGAAGCAGUACCGGAAGCAGGCCAAGCACAAGGGCGGAGCGCAAGAGAAGGAGAAGAGCGCAGAAGACAGCGGCCCAGGGGAAGGAGAGGCCGCCCCCGCAGCCUCCUCCGCGGCGCCCACCGCCCCCUCGGCCCCCGUUCCCACAGACGAGGCCAGUACUGUGUGGUCCAUCGGCGCGUGCGAGUUGGGAGUGCGCUGGGGGGAACGUUUUGCCACUACGGGCGCCGUGCAGCGCGGCUCCACAGUAGUAGCAGAGGUGGCGAUGAUCCAGCUGAACCAGGACACGGACGUGUGCAUCACGGGCGUCUACGUGAACAGCACGACGCGCUCGACGCGCCACGAGGGCUACUGCAGCAUCGCCGGCAUGCAGUACCGCAUCUCCAGCACCAGCCACACGCAGUCGGAGGCCACCACGGUCGCCACCGAGACGACGCUCCAGGUGCACGCCUCGGACCACGUGGUGUCGCCGCUGCGGCGCUCGCACUACGGGCAGCACGCGGCGCCGCCCCCCGCCCCCCAGCCGCCGGCGUCGCAGCAGCACGGGCACGGCCCCCAGCCCCCGCACGGCUACCAGCAGCCCGGCUGCGGCUCCGGCGCCUCCGCCUUCUCCGCGCCGCCCUCCUACGGCCCGCCGCCCCCGCACCACCACCAGCAGCCGCAGCCGCAGGACUACAUGCACGGUGAGUACCGCCUCCGCCUCCGCACUCUCACUCUGUCCGGCGAGGGACCGGCCUUCAACCUAAAGGUGAAACGUAACUGCCGUCCACAAGACGCGUAG